GAGGCACAAACACAUGAAAUAGUUUGAGAGAAACCGAAAGAGAGAAGAAGGAGAAGAAGGAAAAGCAAGAGCGGAAGCCAUUAAAGGAGCUCCAUAAAGGACUCGGAGUGGGAGGAAUGGGAAUGGGAAUCUUGAAGGGUUUGUGGGCGGGGGUUUGGGUUUCAAUGGUGCCAUGUGGGAGCAAAGCCAAGGCCUAAACUUUCUCUCUUUAUCUCGAGAAAUCCCGAGAUUUCAGUGUUUCAGAUUCGGUGUUUCCUCUUUCUUCUGAUCUUUUAUGCAAUAAAAAUCUCUCCUUUGUGGUUCUCUCGCCGGGAAUGUGCGUUUGAGGUUCUUACACUGCGAUAAGAAAUGGUGGAGACUUGCGUGGGCCCAAGUGAACUUCACUUGAAGAAGGAGCUUAGUGCCCUCCGCAAGGCAAGGUUUCUGCGGGAUCCUGAAACUUGUUCAUCUUGGAGGUCUCCUUUAAGUUCUAGAUCACUUGCUGCAAGUUAUGUUUUUACCCAUGGUAAUGGGACUAGAGGUAGCGCAACUGGAGCAAGCAACUCUUCUGGAUUUAUUGGAGCGCCUUCCAGAAACAAUAACAAGAAAAAGGUAUACCUGUAUAAUUGGAGGCAUCAUUCUGCUAGAUCAAGUGACAGUGGAACUAAAUUGGAUGAGGAUAACAGGGGAAAGUUGCUGGAAGAUAGUCCAGAAGACAGUGUUAGCAACACCUUAAAGUUAGAUUCUCAGAGUGAUACAUCUCUUCAAGCUCCCGCAAAUAUUUGUAGUGUUUCUAGAGGCUCACAUCUAGAGACUUCUGUAAGAAGAGCUCUCAGAAAAUCACACAGAAGUAGCACUAUAAGAAAGCGGACAAUCAAGCACUCGCCAAUCACAAAACAUCUAGAUCUCCCAUCAGAUUCUUUAGGAAUACCUAACCUGGUUGAGCAAUCAGAUGACACUGAAUACUGCAACUCUGAGGAUUUAAAACAAUCAAAGCAUGUGUGCACGCACAGAACUGGUUAUGUUUCUCACUCUGCAUCACCUCUGGUUUCUGGAUCUGGACGUAAAAAUUGGUCACGCUCGAAAAUCUUCCGCAGUUCUACAAGAGAAGAGUCAUCUCAUUCUUAUACUCCUGCCUCGACUAGUUCUUACAACAGGUAUGGAGUUCGGAACCCCAGUACUGUUGGAUCAUGGGAUGGAACUAGUUCAUUUGAUGAGGAUGAAUUAGAUCAUAUGGAAUUAGCUAGACGUCAAGGUUGUGGAAUUCCUUGUUAUUGGCCCAAAAGAUCAAAGGAUGUGGGUUGUGGAGGUUGGUAUUCUCCUUCAUUGUCAGAUACAUUGAAGAGAACGGGAAGCAGUGUGCUUUGUGGGGGCCAGAAAUUGUACAAUAAGAGAAGGUUUGCUUCUAGCAGAAAGCAAAAAUAUAUGCUAAAGUCUUCUCAUGGCUUGCCCCUGUUAACUAAUGGCAGUGGCAGAGGCAGAGGCAGAGGCAGUUCAUCAUCAGAUGUAGAAAGUGAUGAGCUAUCAACUAACCUUGUGGAGCUUGAUUUAGAGGCAUUGAGCCGCUUAGAUGGAAAAAGAUGGUCGAGCUGCAAAAGUCAAGAUGGAUGGGAAUUAGCCCUACCUGGUGGACCUGACCUGGAGAUGCAUGAUCAUCGUGGCUUGAGCCAUAAAUACAGGCCUAGGUCUUUUGAUGAGAUCAUGGGUCAAAACAUUGUUGUUCAAUCACUUAGCAAUGCUAUUUUUAGGGCAAGAAUAGCCCCUGCUUAUAUCUUUCAUGGCCCACGUGGGACUGGUAAAACAUCAACCGCAAGGAUAUUCUCAGCAGCUCUGAAUUGCAUGUCGACUGAAGAUAAAAAACCAUGUGGCUUCUGUAAAGAGUGCAAUGAUUUUUCCAGUGGAAGAUCAAAUGUGAUGAAACUGGACGCCACCAAUAGGAAGAGUAUGGAUAGUGUUAGAUAUAUGCUGAAAAAUAUAUCUGCAACUACAAAAUUUUCAAGAUACAAAGUUUUUAUCAUUGAUGAAUGCCAUAUGUUAUCAUCCAAAUUGUGGUCUUUGUUUAUGAAAUUUCUUGAAGUACCACCUCCUCGUGUCGUCUUCAUAUACAUAACAAAUGAUCCAGACAACCUACCUCGUUCAAUUCUGUCACGAUGUCAGAAAUAUCUUUUCCCUAAGAUCAAGGAUGCUGAUAUAAUUUGCCGCUUACAGAAGCUUUCUGCUGAAGAAAACCUAGAGGUUGACGUGGAUGCUCUGAACUUAAUAGCUUCAAAUUCAGAUGGUUCGCUUCGUGAUGCAGAAACAAUGUUGGAUCAAUUGAGUUUGCUUGGUAAAAAAAUCACCAUAGCUCUUGUAAACGAUCUUGUUGGAGUUGUCUCAGAGGAGAAAUUGCUUGAUCUUCUGGAGAUAGCUAUGUCAUCAGAUACUGCAGAGACUGUCAAAAGGUCUCGAGAGCUGAUGGAUUCUGGCGUUGAUCCAAUGGCUCUAAUGUCUCAAUUGGCUGCACUUAUAAUGGACAUUAUUGCUGGUACAUACCAGCUGGCAAACUCUCAGAAUAGAGCUUUAGUUCUCGGUGGUCGAAGUUUGACUGAAGCUGAAUUGGAGAAGCUACAACAAGCACUCAAGAUUCUUUCUGAUGCUGAAAAACAGUUACGACUUUCUAGUGAGCGCUCAACAUGGUUUACUGCCGCUCUACUACAACUUGGUUCUGGUCAUGCUCCAGAGACUGCUCAAUCAAGUAACAGCAGCAAACAUAGUGUGAAAUUGAUCGGUAAAGAUCCUUUUGAUCCAGUGAAAGAGAUUUUACUUGAAGAGAGCAGCUCCCAUCCUCAAUCAGUUUCUCGUGAACAAGUGCCACCUUUGGUUCCUAGAGUAACUAGCUCCCAUGGACGACCAAUAAGUCAACAUGUUUUUGCUAACCAACAACCUGUUGAUAGAAGCUUACUGGAUACAUCUUAUGUGGAUGCUAACAGUAGCACAGAGCUUAGAUAUGCAACCUCAGAAGAGAUGGCUGAAAUCUGGAGAAGGUGUAUUGGCAGAUGUUAUUCAAAGACACUCAGACAAUUGCUCUAUGCUCAUGGAAAGCUAGUAUCAAUCACAGAAUCUAAAGGUAUUUUGGUUGCUUUUAUUGGAUUUGUGGAUGAUGAUGUAAAAUCUCGAGCAGAGAGAUUCCUGAGUAGCAUCACGAAUUCAUUUGAGAUCGUCUUGAGGCAGAAUGUGGAAGUCAAGAUGGGUCUGAUGCCUGAAAAUUACGCCAAGGGAAAAUCUGUUUCAGCAUACCAGGCUGACAUGUUGAUCGAAAAUGCUAGGCUCUUAGUCAAGAAGAAAAUGGAUAACUCUGAUGAGUUGUGUGAUUCUUCAGAGAAGGAAUUUGAAGAAGGAACACCCAAUUUGCCCAGGAAAGGUAUGGAUUCCUUAGAAGAUAUGAUUCCAAGAACACUACAGAAGCAUGACAAGUCUCUUGUGGCAAAUGCAUACUUCCAAGGUGCAACUGGUCACAUCUACUCUUCCCAGAAAAAUAAAAAUGACGAUGAGGAGCUUUCAGUCCAAAGGGUGCUUGCAGCCACUGCAGAAGAACAAAGGUUAGAGAGUGCAUGGCUUACAUCGGGGGCCUUGAGUCACUCAAGACCUGAGAAGAACCAGGUUCUUCCUCAGAAUAUGUCUACAUACAAUUACAAUGGGUCUUCGAUGGGACCUAUGUCAUCCAAGCAUUGGGAGGAUGAACUGAAUCAACAGAUCAAAUCCUUAAAAAUUUCUGAUAGCUCGACUUCAUUACAAUGAAAAGAUUAGUGGGACCAUUGAUUGUUCUGCCAUUUCUCCAAGUUUAUUGCACAGCAAUAGCGUAGCAGCAAAUUUUGACAAAGAAAACCUCGGAUAUGAUUCAGGAUCUGGCUGCAAUGCUCUUUUUUGCUGGAAUACUCGAAAACCUCGCAAUGUGAAGGUGAGGCAAGCAGCUCAUUUACGAUCACAAAGGACCAGUCGUUUAUCGUUGUUUGGGCAAUGUGGGAAGUCAAAGACACCGGAAAGCAAAUUUAGGGCAUAAAAUGGAGAUAAGUAUGGAAGCAUGGAGCCUCAGAUUGUGCAUUCUUCUUAUACUUUUCUCUGUAUAUUUUCAGUCAUUAGUUCAAAUA